AUGAGUUACUUUACGUCGAAUGAUUGCGACGCAACUGCAGUACCAUUCACGUUUAAAGAAUAUCAAUAUAAAGAUUCUCCUAAAAAUGAAAUGACAUUUAGAGAAUUUGAAACAGCUUGUGAACAAAGUAGUGCAUGUAGUCAUAUGAGUGGUUUACCGAGAACACGUUGCAUCAGAGAAUGCGUAUCACCAUCUUGUUACAGAGAACUAUAUUUAAGCGAUCCACUUGAAGAAGGAGAAAUUGAUGUAAGAUUGAAUUCAUUUAAAGGGUGUUUUAUUCAACGAAGCGGGCGUACUCGAAAU